UUAAAUUGUCAGUACGGUUUGGGUGUUCGCAGUGAUCGGUUGGAUAAAAAAGAAGUGAGCUCCGCGAAAUAAAACGCUAAACUGGUCCUAAAAAUUUAAUUUAUUUUAAGUUUCAAGUUUUUUUUGUGACAAUUUGCAAAUUCUUAUAUCAUUGGAUUUUGUGUAAAAGAAAAAUCCUUUAACGGUCGCAAAAGGACCUUAAAAAUAAAUCGAGAGAAAUAAAUACAAAACAUUGCCAAAAUGUUAAAUUCUCUGAUAGCACCCAAAAUGCUGUAUGCAUUUGGAUUUAUCUGUUUAAGUUUGAUUUCAUACACACAUGCCUCAUUUCCAUAUUAUGGCACAAAAAUUGGCGCAUUAAAGCGAUUACAUCAUGGCGUUUCCGGCGAUGUCUAUGCCGUAGAUUCCAGAACAAUAUUUGUGAAAAAAUUCAAUUAUGAUGGCGAAGCACCAGCUGCCUACUUUUAUGUGGGCAGUACCGGUAAGCCAAGUGCUGCUGGCGGUACUCGCCUUAGAGAUGAACGUGGAGCCACCGCCUCACUGACAAAACGUUAUCGCAACAAGGACAUAACCCUCACUCUGCCCGAAGGCAUUUCUCUCAAGGACAUCAAAUGGUUUUCGGUUUGGUGUGAUGAAUUUGCUGUGAACUUUGGUGAUGUUACCAUUCCCAACAAUUUGGAUUUCCCCCGGCCACAAAAACUCACCGGUCUAGCUGGUGUCCAUGGCGUUAAAUCGGAUCCCAUUGUUGUAGUGGAUGCUCAAACAUUGUUGGUGCCAAAUUUCAGUUAUGAUGGUGAAGCACCUGAUGCCAAAUUCUGGGUUGGUCAAGGCGAUCGUCCCACACCCAACGGCCUGCGUAUACCCGAUGAAAAUGGCAAAGAAAACCCUCUGCGUCGUUAUGACCACAAAACCAUUGUCCUAACAUUGCCCGAUGAUUUGACCAUUUUCGAUAUUGGUCAUUUCGGUGUAUGGUGCGAAGCGUUUACCGUUGAUUUCGGCCACAUUCGUAUACCGAAGCCCUUGAAUGUCCCACCAUCGUUGAAAAUGUUGGGCAUUAGUCCUCAGUCCAAACUAAACUGUGAAGUGUUAUAUGACGAUUUGGCGUUUGAAGUCCGCUGGGCCAUGGCUGGUGAUAGCAUCGUUGUGCAAUUGGUUUCCAAACUGGAGGAUAACCAUUACAUGGCAUUCGGCAUUUCACCCAACAAGGAUCGCAGUGUUAUGAUUGGUUCCGAUGUUGUUGUCAGUUGGGUGGAGAAAGACACCGGAAAGGGUUAUGCCGUUGACUACUAUCUCACAGACAAAUCACAAUGUUCGGGUCGUCGUGGUUCCUGCCCAGAUGUUAACAUUCAAGACAACACAAAUUCCGUACGUUUGCUCAACGCUGCCAUGGUUAAUGGCUAUUCAAUUGUGACAUAUCAACGUUCGUUGAAUGCGACCGAUAAACUGGACUUACCCAUUUCUCGUAAUGGUUUUGAGGCUAUUGUUUGGGCCAUUGGUCCAUUGAAUGAACGUAAUGAAACCUCGUUCCAUUCGCAUUUCAACAAGAACACCCACUACAUUGAUUUUGGACGUCAGCCAACAUGGAACUGUCCAACACCGGAGGGUACAACCCCGGAACCAAAUAAUGACGACGAUGAUGAUGAUGCCGAGGAUAGGGCCGAUCAAGGUAAGGGUUAUCCGGCAGCCGGUAAACCAAAUGGCAAUGCUGGAAUACCAGAAGAAGAAUUCUAUGACAAUAAUCGGGCGCAGGCUUUGCAAAGUGCCAAUCGUCGUACUCAGAGUGGGGGCAAUCAAUUAGCCCAGCGUAGACCAGUGCCUACACCCAAACCUGUGGCCAAUGAAGUUGGUGCCUGGGAAAUACCACCCAUACAGUGUUAUGAACCCGAGGAUGGGGUAUUCUAUGCUCAGAUGGGUCCCACUGGUGGCAAGCAUGGUUAUUCGGCCAUAACAGGUCAUGUUGGCUGGGGCAUUUCAUGGUACAUUAAUGGUCUUUUGAUUCCUGAAAUCCAUGUGGUCCGUGGCAAGACCUAUACCUUUGUGGUAGAGGGUGGCAAUAACCCCGACAUACCAGCCAAAUAUCAUCCAUUCUAUAUUACCGAUGACCCCGUGGGAGGCUAUGAACACAAACGGGAAGAGGAGAAGAAGAAUAUACGCAUCUUUGCCGGUGUCCAUCGUUCGCGGUCUGGCCAAGUCACACCCACCGGUGUAGGUCGUCUCUGCAACUGGACACCCGAUGUUGAUGGCCCACCGGCCGAUGAUUACCAAUCUUUCGGGGCCUAUCAACGUACCCUCUCCCUAAAAUGUGAUCCCGGUGAGCCUGGUGUCAUCACCUGGAAACCCGAUCGCAGCACCCCCGAUACCGUGUACUAUCACUGCUUUACCCAUCGUUAUCUGGGUUGGAAGAUCCAUGUCCACGAUAGUUGCGAUGAUGCUCGCUAUGCCGCCUCGCAGAAACAUUCGGUACGUGUACCAGCUCCUGUGCGUGCGGAUGAUGAAUUGGAAGCGGAAGAGUCGAUACGUCAUGAAACCAAGGUCAGCCCCAACGAAAAUUUUUUGUUAAAGCACCAAUCAGAUUUAAUUAAGAAUCACAAUAUGAACGGAACUCCGCCAAAAUUAUCAUUUGAAAUAACCAAAUCAACGGAAAUUACUAAAUUGAUUUCAGAUGGCAUCCGCGCUGCUGAGGCUCUCGAGGAUAGCAUAUUGAGGAAUCCAAAAGUAAAAACCGCACUCCCAGCUGGCAAUCAAUUGGGACCACCACUCCAGCCACCGUUCAUACCAACAGCUGCCCCAGAGACCUUGCAUGGCGAAACUAAUUUACACACAAACUUUAACGCACCUCCAUCUUCAUCGUCCGCACAGUCACAGGCGUCGUCGUCAUCAUCGACAUCAUCAUUAUCACCAUCACAAUCAUCAUCCUCAUUAGCGCAAGCACCAUCAACGUUAUCCAUUAGUAAACACCCAUUAACACCAGCCCUUUUGGCUACACAGCACAUUAACCCCAAUGCACAGCUACACAUGGUCCAUCACCAUUUGGGCCCACACAAUCUAACUGGUAGUUUACCACCACAGAAAACCAUUAGCCUAUCUGAGUAUUUGAGGCCACCGUUUAAUGCCCCAAUCUUCCAUCCCGUUAAGUUGCCGGGACCAAGACCCUUUCCGGGGCCAUUGAAAAAAUUGCCAGGCUCCAAACCCAUAUUGCCACAGCAUUUGCCAAGACAUCCACCGGGGGGAGCAGGAGGUAUAAUGGUACAUGGCAAUGGUCCGCUGCCCCAACCCUCGGUUAUUGUCAAUCAUUAUCGCAAGCCGGUACCCACAUUGCUGAGACCCUUUUUCAAGGAAAAUCCCUUUCCUCUCCAGCCAUUGGCUGCCUCGGUGCUGCUGUUGGGCCAACCCACGGAACUUAGCAAUCACCGUAAAACCGAUCAACACAAUGGCCACCACAAGAAACCCAUAAUACCAGUGCCAUAUGGAGAUCUGACACCCCAGGGUUCAUUGCAGAAACCAAUUUUAACAAAAAUCCAUGGCGGAGAAAAGGCAAAACCCCACAUGAAAAUUCCCCAUCCCGUGGCCGGAGAAAAGGUCAAACCCUAUGAUAUUCCAUUGAUAAUAAGUUCCACCACAGUCGGGACACCAACGUUAGUUAGUGAUCUAAAUCCAGUGGGAGUGUUCAAGAGUCCCUUUGAUGUCCAUGAGGUGGCAGAGGAACCCUCUGCCGCUGAAAUAGCCUCCAUGAAACCGGCCGUCAAUGAAGGUUUCAAACCCGAUACUGUGGUCGUGGAAAGUGGCUUUAAACCCAUACUCAGACAUGAUGGACCCAUGCCACCACCAGAAGUUGUCGAACAAAUUGCCAAUCGUCGUGAAGACCCAGGUCUAGAAAUUGACGAGGCCAUGGAGUCGGACACUCUGUUCCUAACCGCCCAGGCCCAACACACUCAAACGCAACACUUUGAACCAAUGUUUAUACCCUCACCACCGGAUAGUACCAAUGCAACGAUAAUUAUAAGGAAAUCUUCGGGAUUACAACUACAAACGUCACAAAGUCAGGCUACAAGUUUGGCUCCCAGAGAUCCGAUAUACCAGCCCCAACCCAUUAGUUCACAUUUGAAGUCAUCCAUGCCGGAAACGGCCAAAUUGAGAAAUGCCACAUUGCAGGAUAUACUCAAUGAAGAUUCGGAUGAAACCGAGGCGGAAUUGGAAAUCAAGGAUAAUUUACAAAAUAAUAUUGAGGAGGUGUUGACUCCAUUGCAUCAUAAAUUGACUAAAUCGGGGGUAUCCAUUCAAAAUGAGAAUAAAACAAAACAGUCCUCUGAAACUUUGGAUUUGGCAAGACCCCAUAAAGAAGCCGGGGAAAAGGAAGAAGAACUAGACGUGGACAUUGACAAAGAAUAUUCCCUUAAAUUAAAAUCCCAAACAAGUCCAAAACCAGAAUUGAAAACCACAAAUGCUGGCAGUAGCAGUACCACACGAAGCACUCCUCCUCCUCCACCUCCCCAAAAGCCCCUCAGACGUUAUGAUAAUCAAAAUCUAGAUGAUGUCAGCAUGGAUGUCGAAGAUGAAGAACAGUUUGACGAAAAUGAACAUCUUGAGGACUUAUUCGAUUUGGAAGAGGAUCAGUAUAUUGGCACCGAGCCGGAGGCACAAGCAGCUGAACGCAUUGAGGCAUAUUAUUUACCACCAGAUAAUAGUAGAGCCCCUCCCACUGAUAAACCCAGCAACGGAGCGGUUAUUACAUACGAUGGUAAAUCGGUGGUGGAUAGUUCUUUGGUUCUGCCACCAAAAUUAGAUUCAGAGAUUGGCAAUGACAAUGACGAAGAUGAUGAAGACUUUGCGUCGGCUCGUUAUUUUGGCCGUAAUCGGGGUGAUGGACGUGGUAUCUCCAAGCUUGAACAGUUGAUCAGAAAUACACCACAAUUUGUACCAUUUCGUGGUGAAAUUCCACCCUUGAGUCCCGACUUGAGUCCUGCCUCAGUUAGUCAACAAAGUGCCUUGCCUUCGCCCUUAACCUCACCCUCAUCUUCUCGACCCGGUGCUACUAAACUGCAAUCGAUAAAUGCCAAUAAAUACAAAUCAUAGAUCAAUUUAACAUUCAUUUACUCACCAUUGAAUCAUUCUCUCACCCAAAAUUAACUUGAAUUAUUAUUCCGCAACCACAAGAGGCAUUAGUUUCGAAAUUUGUUUUAUUUCUCUUUUCUUUUUUUAGUUUUCAUAGGGCAGCCCAAUAAUCCCAACAUCUCCAAAAUCUACCACCUACUACCACUACUCUCUAAUACCAACACCAAGAACUUACCACGUAGUUGAAUCAUUGCAGCAUUAAUCUCUUUUAGUUUUCGUACUUGCCAUCAUCGAUGACGGAUGUAAAUUUAACAUAAAUCUGAUUGAUUAUUAACAACUUCAUUUGAAUCGAAAAAAGCCACUCCGACAUGAAAAUUUUGUAUAUUUAGUCUAAGUUAUGUAUAACGUUCUCAUUGAUCUUUCGCCUUUUCUUAUCAAGCGUUCUUUUUUACAACAAAUAGAUUUUUUAUUAUUAUUUUAUAUACAUAUUAUAGGAAAAAAUGCUAUCUAUAUAUAUAAGAAUGUAUGUGUGUGUAUAUAUACAUAUGC